AGCAAGCAAGCUCUUAUUCACUUACCAGUGGAAUAAAACUAGAGUACUUAGAGUGAGAACAACAGAUAGAGCUAGCUGGUUGUGAGAUUUCUUAAAGAGUUAGAGCCAUUUCAUCUCAUCAUGCAUAGCAUUUUUGCUUCUUGGGUAGUUAUCCUAGGCCUGCUCGGUGCUUGUGCUAGCCGUCGAGCUGAGGCACGGGCAUUCUUUGUUUUCGGAGAUUCUCUGGUGGACAAUGGCAACAAUGACUACUUGGCCACCACUGCCCGGGCAGACUCUUACCCUUAUGGCAUAGAUUAUCCAACUCACAGACCCACCGGCCGUUUUUCUAAUGGCCUUAACAUACCAGACAUUAUCAGUGAGCAACUUGGCUCAGAACCCACAUUGCCAUACUUGAGCCCUCAACUCACUGGACAAAACCUACUUGUCGGUGCCAACUUUGCUUCUGCUGGGAUUGGAAUUCUCAAUGACACUGGCAUCCAGUUUCUCAAUAUAAUCCGAAUCUACAAGCAAUUGGAAUAUUUCGAGCAAUACCAGACAAGGGUGGCUGCCCUAGUUGGACCUGAACAAACUCAACGACUUGUUAACCAAGCACUUGUUCUUAUUACCCUUGGUGGCAAUGAUUUUGUCAACAACUACUACUUGGUGCCCUUCUCUGCUAGAUCUCGCCAAUUCUCUCUGCCAGACUAUGUUGUGUACAUCAUUUCCGAGUAUCGCAAAGUUUUAGCGAGGCUAUAUGAAUUAGGAGCUCGGAGGGUUUUGGUGACAGGAACAGGACCACUAGGGUGUGUUCCUGCGGAGUUGGCUCAGCACAGCAGAGCCGGUGAAUGCUCGGUUGAGCUGCAGCGAGCUGCUUCUUUGUUCAACCCACAACUCGUCCAAAUGAUCAAUGGGCUCAACAGCCAGCUUGGCUCAGAUGUCUUUGUUGCUGCAAAUGCAUAUGAAAUGCACAUGGAUUUUAUUUCUGACCCUCAAGCUUAUGGAUUUGUGACUUCAAAGAUAGCAUGCUGUGGGCAAGGGCCCUACAAUGGGAUUGGGCUGUGCACAAUUGCCUCCAACUUGUGCCCAAACAGAGAUUUGUACGCGUUUUGGGAUCCAUUCCAUCCUUCUGAGAGGGCCAACAGAAUCAUUGCGCAGCAAAUCCUGACAGGGUCCAACAAGUAUAUGAACCCAAUGAAUCUGAGUACUAUUUUGGCCUUGGACUCUAGGACCUAGACCUGCAACUUCAAGUCUAGAAAGUUACUAGAACAACUACAAGGGGUGCCUCUUCUUUUUAUUAUUAAACUCUUAUCAUCAUUUCGUCAACCAAUCUGCCUUCAUAAGUGAUGUGAUUUAUUAUUAUUAUUAUUAUUGUUAUUAUUGUUUUGACUUGUGUCUUUAAAAAUUCUAGUGUAAUAUUAUUGUAAGUUGGUUUGCCUAUUUAAUUCCAAGCUUCAAGUUUA